CAAAACUCCCAUCUACAACCCCAUCAUCUAUUACGUCACAGCCAACUACAACUACAUCAACUACUACGUCACAAACUACAACUAUUCUGUCAUCUAUUUCCACACAGCCCAAAUCCACAACGAGGCAAACAACAUUGCAAACUCAGUCACCAACUACGACCGCCAUACCUUCGACUGAUCCGGUGCUUUGUGAUGACAACUUUUGCAGUUCAUUGGCAUAUGAAAUGCUGGGAAGAAUGAAUACAUCCGUGGAUCCUUGUUCUGAUUUCGUCAGCUACUCUUGUGGGGCGUGGAUUUCAAGCAGGAAAGUUUUGCUAGACAUGAAUGUCUUUGAUGCCGAUAGGAAUUCCGUGAUGAGCGACGUGAAAUUGAAUUUAAAACAAAGAUUGAUAGAAAUGCUUGAACAAGAUGUGACUUCUGGUGACUCGGACUACAUGAUUGCCGCUAAACUUCACUUCCAGAGUUGCCUAGAUUCAAAUAACCGGCCUGAUAGUAGUCUUGUAACAAAGGAUGUGGAAAGUUUACUGGAAUCUCUUGGUGUAGGAAGUUCUAUGACGUCAUUUAUGACGCCAUCAGUGAUGCAGUACUCACUUUUCUCGGAUUAUGGUGCAUUUGGCUUUUUUACUUAUGAUGUAGAAAGAAAAAUUGUUGGAAAUGUCAAACGAACCAUUCUCCAGCUCUCUCCACCAGACCUGUACCUCAGACAGAGUGUAUAUCUUCUACCUUAUCAAGACAACGAGAUAGCCAGGCGUUACUUAGACAGAGUUGUUCCUCUAAUACAGCGCUUGAACAGCUUUCUCAGACCAACUUUUUCUUAUGGUCAAAUUGAUGGGCUUUUACGGGAAAAAGUUCAAGAAGUGUUUGAAUUCGAAAGGCAACUCUCACAGGCUAUCCGUGUUGCCAGAUCUUCCAAUGAGGAGAGCGCAUUGUUUCCUGUCAGCGCCCUCAUUCAGAACUUCCCAAACAUCAACUGGACGGAAGCCUUACCAAGUCAACAAUUCUCAACGAACACUCCCGUACAGCUCGAUCACCCGAGCUACUUUACGUCCCUGAACGAAAUGCUGGGCAGGACUGAUAAAUCUACUCUUGUCAUGUAUCUGUACAUCCGGGUUAUUCUUACGGGCAUCAUUCCAUUUGCUCCAAAAGCCACCCGCCAGUUUAUGGACAAUUUAUAUGACACAGAGACCGCACAAGAAUACACGAAGACAUACUGCAUAGAUAGUACUCUGGAACUACUUCCAGAGGAGGUGCUGAUCGAGUAUGCAGAAACACAAGAUACAAAACCUGUAAUUGAGUACAUUUCCUCCCUGGUGAGGAAUCUGACAGACCAAAGCGUCAAAUCCUUCUCUUCCUAUGGGGGAUACAGUGAAGAAACUAAAUUAAAGAUAACUGGAACUUUGUCCUCUAUGACUCUGAGUAAAGCACCGAUUCCUGUCAUACCUUGGACCGUCCUCCUCUCCACAAACAAGGAUGUGUUCCACUUGUUCCGAGCUAAUUAUGCCCAUCAGGCGCACUCCUACCGAUUGAUGAACCGGAUAGGAGAGGUGUACACAGUACCUGAUAUACCUUGGUACAGUGUUGAUAUUGUAUAUGACAAGGACAUCAGUACACUGGGUAUCCCUUACGGAAUUCUAACGUGGAAAACAAACCUGAAACCAGAAUUUCCGUUUUUGACGACCGUUGGUUUAAUGAUUUCGGAAAAAAUAACAGAAGUAAUAUAUGGUGCGCUGGAUGUUCGCUCCUCUAACAGUGACUGGAGUGAUGCCUCCUUCAAACAUUAUCAAGAGAAACACGACUGCUUCAUGAAUCAGCUGUUUGAAAAGAGAACUGAUAUCGGAAUAGACAAAACAAAGCAGAUAAUGUCAGGACAUGCAGGGUUGUAUAUAUUGAUACAGGAACACAAAAGGUUGCUUAUAAAUAACUUGAUACAGACAUACCAGUUCCCAUUCUUAGCUCUUCAAUCAGAUCAGCUGUUUUACCUGUCCAUUACACAGGAAAUGUGCAAAGUGGACAAUACGGGGGAUGUGUUAUCUAAUAAAUUAAGAGUAAACACAGUUCUGAUGAACGACAAAUCGUUUAUAGAUGCAUUUACUUGCCCUCUUGGCUCAAAAAUGAAUCCCCUUUAUAAAUGUCAUCUUUUCCAAAAAACGAAUUACACAACUCCACCAACCACUGCUGCACUUCCGACAACUCCCACAACAACAUUAAAAACGACAACAACGACCACUCAAAGACCAACGACAACAACGACCACUCAAAGACCAACGACAACAACAACCACUCAAAGACCAACGACAACAACGACCACUCAAAGGCCAACGACAACAACGACCACUCAAAGACCAACGACAACAACGACCACUCAAAGGCCAACGACAACAAUGACCACUCAAAGACCAACGACAACAACGACCACUCAAAGGCCAACGACAACAACGACCACUCAAAGACCAACGACAACAACGACCACUCAAAGACCAACGACAAUAACGACCACUCAAAGGCCAACGACAACAACGACCACUCAAAGACCAACGACAACAACGACCACUCAAAGGCCAACGACAAUAACGACCACUCAAAGGCCAACGACCACUCAAAGGCCAACGACCACUCAAAGGCCAACAACGACCACUCAAAGGCAAACUACUUUAUCAACAACUACAUCUACUCAGACAAAUCCCACAAUGACAUCUUCUCCACCAACAACAGACAUUGAAACAAUAACCAUUGUCGUUCCCUCAACCUCUCCAUCUGUAACAGAACCACAGACUUGUCAGUCCGGGUUCUGUUACUCGUUAGCUUUCCUGCUUUCCUCCCGAAUGGACGAAUUUGUAGAUCCUUGUGAUGAUUUUUAUCGGUAUGCAUGUGGUGGAUGGGUAUAUGGAAGAGAAGCAUUAGUUUCCCUUAAUCUGUAUAACGAGUCCCGAGAUUCUGUAAUAGAAGAUGUACGUUAUAAUUUCAGAGAGGGGUUAAAAGCAAUGAUAGAAUCCAAUGUUACCUCUGAAGACAGUGAAUAUUUACAGGCGCUCAAGCUCCAUUACCAAAGCUGUCUCUUGUCCAACGAUCCUCAACAGGUGCAGAGAGUGACAAGUGAUAUGCAACUUAUCUUGGAAAUCAUAGGAAUAGGAAGUGACCUACAAUCCUUCAUGGGAAUAGGCACCAUGCACCUCAUUGUCGGCACAGAUAUGGGAGGGUCAGGGAUUUUUGAUUACAGAUUAAUCAAAGCUGAAGUAGACAAUAAAACUACAAAAAUAUUACAACUUUCUCCAUCGAACCUAUAUCUGAGAGAUGAUGCCUACUUAUUGCCAUAUGAAAACAAUCCGAUAGCCCAAAAAUACCUGGAGAGAAUAGUUCCCGUUUUGCAAAAAGUCAAUAUUAACUUACGACCGCAAACAGCAGGAGAAAACAUUACGGAUAUUCUCAUCGAAAAGAUGAAGGAAGUCUUCGCUUUUGAGCAAGAAUUGGCAAAGGCUAUCCAAUCCACUGGAUUCGAAUCUAACAUGGACAUCAGAGUCGAGGAACUGGAACAGAGAUAUCCAAACAUUGAAUGGGUAUACAUGAUGCCUUAUCAACAAUCCUUUUCGGACACGCCCAUCAGAAUUGUUAACCCCUUCUUUUUCCAGAUUCUUGACCAAUUAUUUAACCAGACUAAUGAUGACAUCAUUGUGCUGUAUAUUUACACGAGGGCGGUGCUGACUGGUCUUCUGCCCUACACCCCACUAGCUAUACGAAAAAGCAUGGAUGGCAUUUAUGGAAAUGACACCAGUGUUCCAUUCUCCGCUGGUCAUUGUUUAGAUUCAACGCUUUCCUUACUCAAUGAAGAAUUUCAUGAAGAAUACAGGAAGAAACACAAAGAUGAUAUAACGACCAAAACGUCAUAUUUUACGAAGUUUUCUAACCAAUUAAAACAAACAUUGAGGAAUUAUCUUACUGGACCUAACGAAUUUAGUAAUUCCACAGCUGAGAGAAUCCUGUCGUCAAUGGGAUCACUAGACGUCCAGUUCCCAUCAGCACCAUCAAUUCCCUGGACAGUUACAUUGUCAAACACACUCGAUGUAUCGUUCUUGAAUCGUGCUAACACCGCCCUUCAGUUGAAAACUUACAGGGAACUUGACACUCUGGGGUUUCCUGUGACGACGGCUGAAUUUGCAUGGGAUGGAACGUUUAUAACUUUUGACUCCAGUCUGAAUGUGAUCGGUAUACCUUACCCGAUUCAGAACUUUCAUUAUUCGGUUGAUCCACAAUUUCCUGCAAUUACCACAACUGGUUGGCAUUUAGCAAAGGAGUUAACACGUGUUGUAUUAGGUGACUUUUCGUUCUCGCCUUUGGAUUGGAGUUUUGAGUCCCUGGUAAAAUUUUCAGAAGAAAGAGAAUGUUACAACUCACAGGCCUCAGAUGUGAAUGGGGUAUUCAACGACAUAAAAACUGGUGACGUCAUGACAGGUGGAGUGGCCUUAGAUCUUAUUACCAAGGUGUACACAGAUCACGUGACUAGUGGUAACAUACAGGAAGUUAUUCUCCCAGAUCCUUCAAAUUUCAUCACACCAAAGCAACUUUUCUAUCUAACAUUUGCUCAACAAACAUGUGAAGUGGAUAAAAAAUCUGGAAUAGUUUCAAGUCAAUACAGGGUGAAUAAUAUUUUGAGAAAUUCAGAGGAGUUUCAGCAGGCUUUCACAUGUUCACAAGGUUCCCGACUGAACGCAGAUCGAAAGUGUCAGCUUCUAUCAGGCAUAGGAACAAGCUAAUAAUACACAGUCAUAAUAAUGGAAAUAUAAUGACACCGAGGAGAAGACGACCUGUUGGAAAGCAGGCAAUUUGAAGGUUUAAGUAACAAAAUUGAGAAUAUUGAAAAAAAAGCAUAAAACCUUUCAGUAAAACAGGAAUGCAGGAACGUCAGAAACCAAGACGAUUACUUUUUAAAAUACAAGAGCAUUAAUUUGAUCAUCCAUGCGUCGAAACAGUACGUAGGAAAACUGCACCAUUCCAACACCACCUUAAGACAAGUAUAUAUUUUUGGAUGUUGAACAGUCAGGUUCCGGAUUGUGCUGAAUGAUGGACAUAAUUAAAGAUAGUGUGAUGAAAAAAGACAUAUAAAGAAAAGAAAAAUUGAAUCCAUUCAGUUGUACAUUCUACCUCAAAAAAAAAAUGUUCAGGCAGCGUCCAUGAUAUGAAAUUCGCGCCAGUACAAUUUUGUACUUGUUUAUUUAACUCGACUGUUUUGUGAUAUUUUUUAUAUAGA